UCAUAAGGACGUGUGCCAGCCCCAGAGCUCGGUGAAGGCUUCUGUAUGAGGACGGGUCAUAUGGGCUUUCCUUCCACCCUUGGAUACCGUGUGCCAAGGAUCAUGGUCUGCUGAGACUCCAGAGGGACUCGAAGGGGCACGAGUAACUCUCAGCUAACCUGCAGCCGGGGGAGCGGCAGGAGCAGACCACGCCGAAGGACGCGGGGGACCGUUCUAAGCACAGCAACGGGGCAGCUGUGGUAGGGCAAAAAUGGAGAACGCCCAUGCCAAGACAGGAGAGGAGGUCCUGGCCUACUUUGGGGUGAGCGAGAACACAGGUCUCUCUCCGGAGCAGGUGAAGAGGAACCUGGAAAAAUAUGGACACAACGAACUCCCAGCUGAAGAAGGCAAAACCAUUUGGGAACUGGUGGUAGAACAAUUCGAAGACUUGCUUGUGAGAAUCCUACUGCUUGCCGCCUGCAUCUCCUUUGUCCUGGCCUGGUUUGAGGAAGGUGAGGAGACCGUCACAGCUUUUGUGGAACCGUUUGUCAUCUUAUUGAUCCUGAUUGCCAACGCCAUCGUUGGAGUAUGGCAGGAGAGGAACGCUGAGAACGCCAUUGAGGCUCUAAAGGAGUAUGAGCCCGAGAUGGGCAAGGUCUAUCGGUCCGACAGGAAGGCUGUGCAGAGAAUAAAGGCCAGGGAUAUGGUUCCUGGUGACAUCGCAGAGGUGGCAGUUGGUGAUAAAGUACCUGCUGACAUCCGUAUCAUUUCCAUCAAAUCUACCACUCUUCGUGUGGACCAGUCCAUCCUGACAGGCGAGUCUGUCUCCGUCAUCAAACACACCGAUCCCGUCCCAGACCCCCGUGCUGUGAACCAGGACAAGAAGAACAUGCUCUUCUCAGGUACCAACAUUGGCGCUGGGAAGGCCGUAGGCGUUGUCAUCGCCACUGGCGUCAGCACUGAGAUUGGCAAGAUCCGCGACGAGAUGGCGGCCACUGAGCAAGAGAAGACUCCCCUGCAGCAGAAGCUGGACGAGUUUGGCGAGCAGCUGUCCAAAGUCAUUUCCCUCAUCUGCGUGGCUGUCUGGCUCAUCAACAUCGGCCACCUGUACCGGCACCACCAUGGCGUCUUCCCGAAUCCGCUGCCAUCUACCACUUCAGCACUGCCGCCGCCUUCGGCUGUACUGCCAUCCUGCAAUCUUCAGGUGUCCAACACCUCUAGUGAUUCUGGCCGCAAAGUUCCGGUCGCUAUUUCAAGCAGCUAUUUUAAUGAGUUGUCGGCAUAG